CGAGAGAGCUUGCUUUUACGUCAGCCCUUUUCCUCCUCCUUUCCCAGUAAGUCUAUCCCGGGAAGAAAGUAUAUUACAGCGUUCCCAGAUCUGGAAUUGUAUCCAGUUGAUUACGGAAUAAUAUUCCCCUGGACUACUAAUGAUUUUGGGAAGGCAGUGAAAAGUAAGUGUAGUCAUUAUUCUCUCUUCUAUGACUCUUUUAUAGACUGUCACUUGGCAUUGUGUUCUGACACUGCUAGUAGCCACGUUUCAGUGACAGCUAUGGGUAGAUUUGUCAUCAAUGAAAUUGAAAGCUGAGAAAAGUUGAACUGGUACCUUCCAACUUGAUUGACAUGUAAAUAUAAAUAAGUUAUUUAACAGAAAUCAGUUAUUUUCCAUUAGAUAAUAGUUCACUAUUUUAUAUUUAUUUUAUUUGUUUGAGGAAAAGGUGGAAUUCCAUUCUCUUCUAAUGAUUUACUUUAUUUUAUUGUAUUUAUGUUCAUUUUAAUACUUUAUUUGAAUACACCAGUAACCAGUGCCAGUGCCAGUAUUAACAUAUAAGUGACACAAGGUCCUUAACAUUAUCAGUAUAUUAGCCAUUGUGGAUAUGACCUAAACGCUGAGUUGUUUUUCUAAUUACACAUUAUUAUAACUAGGGCCCAGAGUUUUGUGACCUGACCAGAGGAAAACUCCUGACCCUACACAUACAGUACACACACCCAACUGAGGUAGAGAGCAGUCAGAGUUUAACAUGAUGAAAUAGGCCUGAAGCAGGACAGGACCACACAAAAGCACAAAGGCAGCACUUUACAGCAAGGAUCCGUGGGCAUCAGAUACCGUCCAUGUGAAUUCACCAACUCACCAGGGCUACACAGAACCACACAGUCAGUACUUUUCCCCCCGCUCACAUUUUUGGGGUAAACUCACCACAUAAAUUACUGAAAGUACAGGAGGGUAGCCAUGUAGCACAUAUUUGUGCAGCAGGCAUAUUUCACGGAGACAUUUACAGGCCUUUUACAAGGUAAAUAAGCACUGGGGACUUAUAGUGCAUGCACUGUGGAUGGAGGGGUAGUCAAUUACCUGAGUAGACUGUACAAGGGGGUGUCUGUGUAUGUCUGCCGCUGGUUGGUACCAAUGGCUUAGAUGGGUGCAUAAUCUUAGAACGUGUUUAGAGGGUAUUUUUUGUAUACUGUAUGCAUUGUAUGGUUGGGGUCAAUUCCAUUUCAACUCCAUAAAGAGUGAGUUGAAAAUCCUAAUGGCGAAUGGAUGCCCCUUUUAAUUUCUUGAAUUGAAUUUGACUGGGUGGAAAUGGAAUUGACCCUACCCUGAUGCAUUGGAUCAAUCAAUCUAGCGAUUGAUCAAUAAAUCAAUAAUUCUUCAUCAUUAUACCAAAGGGACAUUUUAUUUAUUGGCAGGGGACAUUAAAGUGGUAAAAUAUAUUAAUCAUAAAUGAAGAGUUUAUUUCCAAAAUGCUAUAUCCACCAAUUUUUCACAUUUGUGUUUUUUCAUCAGAAAUGAUUGCUUAUGCUUACCUUCAUGUGUGUUUAAAUAAAUGACUGGUCUCAGAUUUUUUAUUAAAAGAUUUUAGAUGUGUAGGAUUAUUUUGUUGUUGUUGCAAAACUCUAUAGCCUAUAUCCAUUGUUCAGCUGGAAUGGAAUGUUCGUAUCCUGUAUAUUUGACUGUGAUAUGUGGUUGUCUCACCUUAAGAUGAAUGCACUUACUGUAAGUCACUCUGGAUAAGAGCAGCUGCUAAAUGACUAAAAUGUCAAAUGUAAAUGUUUUACAUACAGAUCUCAUAUUACUGUAUUUUUUUUUUUUUUACAUUUACAAAUAUUGAUGUCACAAAUGUAUCAUUUAUACAGUUCUUUAUAAAAAAUAUACUUAUUUGUUACAUUUGACUGUGUAAAACGUAACAGUACUACUUAUUGCUCUUAGAAUGAGUCGGAUAUAUAGCAUUUAGCAAAAACCAUGAUCAUUUGUCUCUGAAAUGAAACCAUCAAGUGAUAGAUUUUAAACAAAUACAUCUCUGUCAUUGAACAACUCCAUGCUUUUAUUAGAUGGUGAAAAAACACACCAAUUUCUUUCAUAAUUUCUUUAAACAAUAAAAGCUAAUUUACUAACAUUUCUAUUUAUAUAGAGAAAAAGUAAAGAUUAGAGAGAAGGCUAGCAUUCACCAAUGGACAGUACAAGUACAACCCCUUCAUAAGUAACAUUACAUACAGAGUGUGGUUGUUGUUGUUGUUGUUAUACUGAACUUGUGAAACCUUCUGUUUGGUGUUCAGCUCCUGCCUCUGAGAUGAAGGUCCUACAGAUAAGACAUGGUCUCCUGCUAUUCCUCCUCACUGCUGUAAGGACCCAAGUCAACCCAGGUACUGUACAUGGAGGUCAACCAUAGCCUUUUCACACUAUCAGAGCAGCACUGUGCUGGCUUAAAUGUCCUCUCCAGCAUGGUUCCAGCAACUAUGGUGGAUGCGUAAACAGGCCAAGACAGUACAGCUUGACUUGGUUGACUCAGUAGUCUGAAAAGGAUGUUAAGUGUUUGUUAACUCAUUUUAAGAUGUUACAUGUUCAUAUCACGUCUCUGCAUUUUCUAAAGUGUUUAUUGUUAUUGUACAUACAUCUAACUGAAAGAGAUAUUACCAUAUUCUAGUCAAAUCAAAAUGUUGACAUAAUCGAUAUACCAGCACGCCGUAAAAGCUAGGUGGGCUGGUUAGGUCAUCACCGUCUGUGACGAGGACUGAGUAUACGAAGAGGCAGGAUGCAGACGCAGGAAUUAACAAGGUCAAGGUUUACUUAACAAUGACAAAGAUAGAGUAAACGACACGAAGCUAAACAAUCACACACAACAUCAUCCAGAACAGUCCAGGGCUAAAUAGGGGUGGUGAUGAGAUGAUGAGGUGCAGGUGCGCUGGAGGGGAUUAGGGCGCAUUGGGUUUCCAUUCCGGUGUUGCCGAAGUGGUGCGCUCAGACUGGUGGCUCAGUAGACCGGCGAAUCAGAGCGCCGGAGGGGAGCAAUGGGAGAAGACGUGACAGUGCCAUUGUGUGUGUGUGUGGGUGCGUGUGUGUGUGUGUGUGUGUGUGUGUGGUUUAGCUAUUGGUCCAUUGGUCAGACAGCAAAUAUGUGAGAACAGGCAAACCAUUCACAGGCUGGGGGCAUUCAGGAAAUGUCUGAAAAGCAGUAGGUGGAGGAGAGGAGAGGCUGAUGGUGAAAGAGGCUGCUGGAGGUAUGGAGUGAGCUGUCGAGACUCAUGUCUGGUGUGUGUGCUUGUGUGUGUGUGCGUGUGUUUGUGUGUGUGUGUGUGUGUGUGUGUGUGUGUGUGCAUUUGUGUGUGUGUGUGUGUGCGUGCGUGCGUGCGUGCGUGUGUGUGCGUGUGUGUGUGUGUGUGCGUGUGUGUGUGCGUGUGUUUGUGUGUGUGUGUGUGUGUGUGCAUUUGUGUGUGUGUGUGUGUGUGUGCGUGUGUGCGCGCGCCUGUGUCAGUGCUAAGGAGCAGGAUGACAGGAGAGGGACUCAUUCAUAACCUCGCCUGGACUUUUCCACUUGAAAUAGUUUGAAGCCUAUUUUGUCCGCAAGCUCUCCAAGUCUAUUUCUAUGUUUCAGUGUUACUUUGAGUUGUCAGCAGUUACAGAAUGAAGAGUAAUAGGCAGGUACAGUAAGAGUAGGACAGAGUCAGAAGUUAUGCACGAUAAGUUAACUACAUCACUGACACAGUAGGUGAAGAAGCCAUUUGGUCUCUCACACACACACCUCAAUUGCUGUUUUAACAGCUCAUGGUUUUUCUCUUUCUUGCUAUGAUAAAUGUUGAUGUUUUAAACUACCAUAAUCAUAUCUUGAGCAAUUUGAGUCCUUUAUAUUUUUUUAUUUUUUUAGUUUCCAAUGGUUACAGCUCUAAGUCUAAAACUAUCUAUAGCUUUGGCUCUGGUACAAAUUAGAGAAAAAAAGAUGCAAAAUAAAGAGGAAAGCUGAAGGGGCCCCUCCCUACUCUUUUUGCUUGGACUGGCACCUACAUAGUGAUGCCUCUGUUUCAGUGGAGGGGCCUCCCAGGCCUAAAGGAAGAAGCUGGGGGAGGGUUGUGCCCUGUCCACUUCAGUUCUGACUCAAUCCAGAUCCUACCAAAUGCAUGUGCAGUGCGGCACACUCAUGGACAUUGGGCAUACAUUCCCAUGCAUAGAUACACACACAUGCAUGCACACACACACACACCAAACGUCUGAGUGACUUGUUGAUGACAUGAGUUGAAUCUGUUUAAUUUGCCAUUGUCAUAGCUUUUAACUAGGUCCUGGAGUUUUUCCUGGUCAGGCCACGUGGUCAGGAAAAACUCCUGGCCCUAAAAACAUGCAUCUAUAUACACUGUAUCUGCUUUUAGGUGUGUGUCGGUAUCCUCUGGGUAUGACUGGAGGACAGAUUCUUGAUGAGGAUAUCUCUGCUUCUAGUCAGUGGUCAGAGUCUACAGCAGCAAGAUAUGGCAGGUAUGCUAUCUGCAUUGUCACCAUAUUGUAGACGCGUACACACUAAACUCUUUUCCGUCAGGUAAUCAGAGUACUGACUGUACUGUCUGAGUGAAGGCAAGCCUAUGCCUAUUGCCCUUCACCAAUCCAACCUUGUCAGAUCAGUGAUCCCUUAAAAUAAGGGAGGAAGGCAUUUUUAUUAUUCAAUUGACUAAAUAUUCCCUUCUACUCCUUUCCCCCCUCCUCCCUUCCUUCCCCCUCUCCUCCUCAGAUUGGACUUUGACGAUGGAGACGGGGACGGGGCAUGGUGCCCUGACAUCAUGGCCGAGACGGACACAGGCGGCCUGAAGGAGUUCCUCCAGGUGGACCUGCGUUCGCUGCACUUCAUCACGCUCGUGGGCACCCAGGGUCGCCACGCCGACGGCAUGGGCAACGAGUUUGCCCAGCGCUACCGCAUUAAGUACAGCCGCGACGGCAGCCACUGGGUGGCCUGGCACGACAGGAAAGGCAGGCAGGUGAGCAGAUGCAAGCUAGUUUCCACACUACCAGAAUCCAUUCUGACAUCCGAUUUCAAUGUUUUUCCAAUGUUGAUUCAAUGUCCUUUUGCUCACUGGUCUGGGUUCAAAUAGUAUGAGUUUUCUUUGAAAUACUUUGAGUGUUUUAUUGAGCCUGCCUGGAGUGCCAGUUGGUGCCCAACUGUUGGGCUGGGUUUUCAUUUUUGGGACUACUCCAUUGGUUGCACAAUCUUGCUUUGAUUGGCUUUGUGAUUGGUGUGACUUUUCUAUAACUUCCUUUCUUGUCUGGCUGUGUUUGUUGGCGUCAGCUGUUUAGUGACUGUAGUUUUUGGAUGAUGAUGAUGAUGAUGAUGAUGAUGCCCUUUCCUGUUCCUGUCUGUAGGUGAUCGAGGGGAACAUGAAUGCCUAUGACGUGGUGCUGAAGGACCUGGAGCCACCCAUCAUCGCCCGCUUCGUACGCUUCAUGCCCAUCACAGACCACUCCAUGAUUGUGUGCAUGAGGGUAGAGCUCUAUGGCUGUGAAUGGCUAGGUCAGACACACUACAGUACAUCCUAUAUCUAAUCCCAUCCUGUACUAUCCUACAUCCUAUAUCUAAUCCCAUCCUACAUCCUUUCCGUAUAUGAAACUGAAAGAAAAGGUAAUAGCCUAGAUGCUCCCAGAGUUGGAAUGUAAAGCAAAGUUUAGACCAGGCUGAUGUAAAAUGGCCGCUAUCAUUGAUUGUGACCUUUCCUUUGACCUGUCCCUGGCUGUGUGUUAUUGCAGAUGGCCUGGUGUCCUACAGUGCUCCGGCCGGCCAAGAGAUGACCUACAGAGGCCUGGACGUCCACCUCAAUGACUCGGUCUACGAUGGAUCCAUGGGUCUACGGUCAGUUGGGUUUGUUUUAGUAUAUUUGUACUUCAACAGUGGCAUAUUGUAAGUACAAAACUGUUAAGAAGCGUUAAGUGGUCCACAUCCGGAGUGACUCUGACCCGAAGGUACUAUUUAACAAAGUUGUGGGCCAUUCUUGGCCCAUGUGAAGAUUCUGUGUACAACCCUUGUCACACUACUGAGCUAAGCGGAGCCAAGCUGUACUGCCCUGGCCUGGUUUUGUAUCCACCAUAGUUUCUGGAACCGUGCUGAAAAGAACAAUGUGAAAGGAAAAUAUCCAAGCCAGCACAAUACGGUUCGGGUCAGUACGAUAGUGUGAAAUUAUGACGUGUAAUACACAAGUGGAGGCAACACAGGCAUGAUAGCAACAAAGACCUAUUUUUCUCGUCUCUCCCCCCAGUAUGGGUUAGGGAUUAAGUGCCAUGCUCAAGGGCACAACUGUAGCGGAUGGGAGUAAUGGUCCUGUCUCCUCUCUCCCCCCAGUAUGGAGGAAGGCCUGGGCCAGCUGACUGACGGGACGUGGGGUCUUGAUGACUUCCUCCACAGUCACGUGUACGGCGUGUGGCCCGGCUACGACUACGUGGGUUGGACCAAUGAGAGCUUCCCUAAGGGCUACGUGGAGAUGACCUUCGAAUUUGACCGCGUCCGCAACUUCACCUCGAUGAAGGUGAAAGGUCAACUAGUACAAAAGGAGAUGGAGGAGGAUGUGGUUUUACCAUGUUCCCAAUGGGCAAAACUGGGCAAAACUGGUUGAAAUUCUGGUUGUAUUGACGUAGUUUCAGACAGACCAUAACCCUGUGUCAUUGGUCCACUCAAUAGGUAUGCAAGAGAUACUGUAUUCAGCCACAUGUGGAGGUCUGUUUUGUCCUUCAAGAGUGGCUGAACAUCUAGGCAUAUGUCCUACAACUUUAGCCUCCAAUUGUUUCAUCAGUGGCUAUCCAGUUUGUUCUUCAAACCAUGCAGUGACAGACAGUAUACUACAGUACACUCUGCUCUCAAGUUUUAUAGUUGAUAGUUCUCCUCCUCUCUCCGUAGGUGCACUGCAAUAACAUGUUCAGCCGCGGCGUGAGAAUGUUCCGGCAGGCCUCGUGUUACUUCCGUACGUCCGAUUCGGACUGGGAGUCCCAGCCAGUGUCCUUACGUCUCCCGGUGGACCGGGUCAGCCAGAGCGCCCGGUUCAUCACCGUGCCCCUGGGGGACCGCAUGGCCAGCACCAUCAAGUGCCGCUUUGCCUUCAACGAGGCCUGGAUGAUGAUCAGCGAGGUGGCCUUCCAGUCAGGUGAGACUUGAGAAGCCUGGGUCAUGUCCAGUAGGGCUCACUGUAACAAAACAUUUUUGAAACAGGAAAUAAAAAUCUUAUUGUGUUUUAGUUCAGGUGGUGUCUCCCUGUUCCACUCUGUUUCUAAAUAGAUGAUGACAUUUCUCCUCUUUCUUUCUUUCUUUCUUUCUUUCUUUCUUUCUUUCUUUCUUUCUUUCUUUCUUUCUUUCUUUCUUUCUUUCUUUCUUUCUUUCUUGCUCUAUCUAUCUCUCUCUCUCUCUCUCUCUCUCUCUCUCUCUCUCUCUCUAUCUCUCUCUCUCUCUCUCUCUCUCUCUCUCUCUCUCUCUCUCUCUCUCUCUCUCUCUCUCUCUCUCUCUCCCCCUGUCUCUUUCAGCAGGGACAGCAGUUUAUAAUACAUCUCCGACUCCCCGCAAACGUGGCCACCCGACAAAUGUUCUUCCAGGUCAGCUCCAGCUACAUUCUUACCUAUUUUGCCUUCGCCAACCCUCUCUCCUUUUGCAUUCAAUAGUGCCCUCUGCUGCCUGUUCUUAAAAUGCUGUUGCAUUAAUUGUGAUGAAUAGAGGUUAGUUACAGUGAAAUAUGAGGGAAAUUACAACAGCAUUAAUGAAUGAUAAAUACAACACUUACUGAGGAUGACAUUAUAAUGAGUUUUUAUGAAAACCUUACAUGUGAUGUGAGCACUAAACGUCUUGAUGACAACCCUUUCUUGUAAUAAAUAUUAUACUGCCAUGUUUCUAGCUGUCAAAUCCUCAAUGUUUCUAGCUGUCAAAUCCUCAAUUCCUUCAGUGAGGGAUCUUGGAUUCUUCUCUCCAAUGCACUUUGACAGGGAGGUAAGGAAUUGAGUAAACAAGGACGGAGGAAGCAACGAAGCCCUCUGUUAAAUAUUCUCUACCUUCUGGUACAUUAGGAGAUGACCCCAUUCACAAAGUGGAUGAAAGCAGCACCCGGAUCCUGAUUGGCUGCCUGGUGGCCAUCAUCGUCAUCCUUUUGGCCAUCAUAGUCAUCAUUCUAUGGCGCCAGGUCUGGCAGAAGAUGCUAGAGAAGGUAUGUAAAAUGUAUGUUUUCAGAGAGGAAAUCAUUAGGGUUGAUCUAAUAGCUACGAGGAAACGUCUCUGUCUUGUUAUAAAAUAAAUACUGCUGUCAGGCUAAAAAGGACGUCAGAAACUAAGACUGCGAAUGACACUGAUCAAAGUUGUUGAUUAAAGUUUUUUUUUUACCUCAAGUGUUUCUUACUAGCAGUAAUGUAACCCCUAAACUCGAUUUCCAGGCCUCUUAGCCAAACUCAAACACAAGAUUACAACAUCUGUCAAUGUUUGACUUGGUGCCAACUACAGAGUUAGAAAAGCUAGAAAAUGCACCUCCUAUCUUUGCCAUUGAUUGCUUCUGUUGUCCCAAGAGCGUCCUCUAGCUUUUCUCUCUGGUGCCACCGAACAUUACAACACACACAGUUUAUAACAGUAACUACCCUUCCCUCCAGGCUUCUCGGCGUAUGCUAGACGACGAGCUGUCGGCCCGUCUGGCCGUCCAGACCCAGGCCUUCUCCUUCCACCACUCGUCCCAGUCCAGCGGGGACGGCUCCAACUCCACCUACGAGAGGAUCUUCCCCCUCUGUUCCUCUGACUACCAGGAGCCCUCCCGCCUCAUCCGCAAGCUGCCCGAGUUUGCCCAGUCCACCGAGGAGCUGGGUGAGUUGAUUAAAGGGAAAGUUUAACAGAUGUUUUCAGACUUCAGCGAUGGUGAGGGACAUGGACUAAUCUUGACGUUAGACUACUUUUGGUGUGAAAAAAAUAUGACAAACUUUGAUUCUGGAGUGUAAUGUCCCUUUCAGCCAGUGUUUAUCAAAUCGUGGGUCUAGUGACCCCUAAUUACUUUUGGGUGGUGGCUUAUUAAGACAGGCCUGUGUCUAGAAAUAUCAGUGUUGUUAACUUGGAGGGUCACAAGAAUAUUUCAAUGGUCUUGAUCAGGUCACAGCUUAUUGAAGUGUGAACCUAUGCUCUGUGUACUCCACAGCAGCGACUAGCUCCUCCUCCAGACCGCCCCAGGCCUGUGGUUCAGACGGGGCUCCCCACUACGCCGAGGCAGACAUUGUGAGCCUGCAGGAGGGGACUACGGGCAGCAACACCUACUCCAUCACGGCCGUCAACAUGAGUCUGCUCUCUGGGAAGGACACGGCCAUGAGGGAGUUCCCCAGGGACAAGCUCACCUUUAAGGAGAAACUGGGAGAGGGACAGUUUGGAGAGGUAUGGAUUAAAACUCUCUUGGGGGAAAAGAGAGUGUUUUGUGUGUGUGCGUGUGUGUGCAAACAUGCAGGCAAGCAAACAGAAAGAACAAAAGUCAGAUGACUCUUGCUUUCUUGCUAGACAGAUGAAACAUCAAUAGUAAAAUGCCUUUGUUUCUUCCCACAGGUGCACCUGUGUGAGGCAGAGGGCAUGCAUGAUUUUGUGGAGAAGGAUCUGUCUGAAGAGGUCAAUGACCUUUCAAAUAAGCUAGAGGGCAGCGAUGACACACCUAUUCUGGUGGCUGUGAAGACACUGAGGGAGGACGCCAACAAGAACGCAAGGUGAGAGCACCUGAUCUGGAACUGUUUCCAUGACAACUGUAAUGUCAUAAGUACAAGAGCCACAGGAUGUACAGUAUGGAAAAUGGCUUUUGUGAUCUGCAUGACAACAAUGCUUGUUCUUGCCUCAUCUUUCACUUUGUGUUCUUGGUGUCUUGCCAUUGGCCAGUUGUAACAGAGAAUGUGUUCACAAUAGUCUACCAAGUAAGAUGAAGUAAAUUGACAAAUCAACAAAUGGAAAGAGCACUGUAUUACCCUAUUUAGCCAGGUGUCACAUCCGUUACCAUCCCUUGUAAUAGGAAUGACUUCUUGAAAGUUAAACUACGUGGUGCGACAAUGUAAAGUGUGACUAGCAGGUGUCAUAACUUUUACCUUCCAGUGUUAGUUACAGGAAUUACUUCUUGAAGGAGAAACGACAGGGUAUUUUUGUGCAACUUAAUGUGAAGUGUGACUGGCAGAUGUCAUAGCCGUUACCACCUCGUGUUACAGGAAUGACUUCCUGAAGGAGAUCAGGAUCAUGUCUCGGCUGAGGGACCCUAACAUCGUUAGUCUGCUGGCAGUGUGUGUGGAGAGCGACCCCCUCUGCAUGAUCACGGAGUACAUGGAGAAUGGAGACCUUAACCAGUUCCUGUCCAGCCAUCAACUGGACGAAGUGGAGGAGACACAAUCUAGUGACAAAGCCACGGUCAGGUACGUUACAUCUGCAUCAUUUUACUACAUAAUGACAUCACCGAUAGGGGUUAUUAUGAAAGGUGAUAAUCAUAACAACAAUUCAUUUUCGCAUUUUUUAUUUAUCAAGUAAAUUUCUACAUCCAUAUAGUUCAUUACAGUAUGCGUAAACCGAUGCAAUAGCGCAGUAUUAAAACGUUUGUCACUCCAACACUUUACAAUUAGCUAAAAUGUGUUAUUUUCUGACCACAUACACUUGCCCUCUCUUUAUCAUUAUAUAAAAAAUAAUAUUUCAAUACACUCUUUCAUCUCUCUCAUAUCCUCUUAGCUACAGCAACCUGAUGAGCAUGGCUACACAGAUAGCCUCUGGUAUGAAGUACCUGUCCUCUCUCAACUUUGUCCACCGUGACCUGGCCACGCGCAACUGCCUGGUGGGCAAGAACUACACCAUCAAGAUUGCUGACUUCGGCAUGAGUCGGAACCUGUAUCGCGGUGACUACUACCGUAUCCAGGGACGGGCCGUUCUUCCUAUUCGCUGGAUGUCAUGGGAGAGCAUCCUGUUGGUAAGAGAGAGCUUAGAGAGCGCUGAUAUUAGCAGUAAUGUUCUGUCGCAUGUCGUUUUCAACCAAACUGUGUGUCUUUCCCAGGGGAAGUUCACCAUGGCCAGCGAUGUGUGGGCUUUUGGCGUGACUCUGUGGGAGAUUCUGACCCUGUGCGAAGAGCAGCCCUACUCGCAGUUUUCCGACGAGCAGGUCAUCGAGAACACUGGCGAGUUCUUCAGGGACCAGGGCAAGCAGGUGACUACCACACUAGUUCCAAAAGGGUUAUUCGGCUGUUCCCAUAGGAGAGCCAUUUUUGGUUCCUCUGUGGAAAGGGUUUUACAUGGAACCAAAAAGGGUUUUUCAAAGGGUUCUCCUAUGGGGACAGCCAAAGAACCCUUUUAGGUUCUAGAUAGCACCUUUUCUUCUAAGAGUGUACCAGUGACAGGCAGAACAUGUGUACAUGCAACAAAACGGGUACAGAACCAGGUUUGUCAGUCUGCGUGACUAAAUAUUGUGUUAGCUUGCUCAGCUAAAUGUCUUGGAGCUAGCUUAGUCGUACGGUUUACAUAUUGUUGAGGUUGACAGACAUGCACUGUGUGUUGUUCUGUGACUGAAAUAUGGGCAAGUUACAGGUGACAAAACAUCCCAAAUUGUAUUUCUUGUCAUUUCCUAAAACUUCUUCUCAGGUGUACCUGCCGAGGCCUGCCUGUUGCCCUGAUGCGGUCUAUAGCAGCCUGAUGCUGGGUUGCUGGAGGAGAAACGCCAAACAGAGACCCACCUUUCAGGAGAUAUACAGCCAGCUUGGGGAGAGCCAGGAAUAGCAGCACAUAUAUAGACCCCAGUUAUAUAGAGUGCUCCGGGUGAAAGUUCCCCUA